CCCUCCAUACUCUCGUCUUUUCUGACCCUCACGACCCUCACAAUCAAACAGCAGAGAACAGUAAAUACUCCGGAUUUCGAACUGGAACCGAAUACUAAGACGAAUACCCUUGAGCUUCCGUCUUAGCUAACAACCAAACUGCUCUCCAUCUCGCUACCCUCGCCCUCGCCUAUCCCGUGCUGGGUAUUUUUGUAGACUACUACCAACACCAACACCACCGCCAUGCCCACUUGUCCGAGCGACAACCAAGCCGCAGUUGACCAGUCCAGCUUCUGGAGUAAUGGCGAUCUUAACUGGGACGCACAUAGGAUAGGAUGGGCAAUUGCAGGCGGUUGUGCAGCCGUCACCGUCCUCGUAUCCAUCGUCACCGUGUUGAAGCAUUGUCGAAAUUACACAAAUCCUGCCGAACAACGACAAAUACUCCGAGUAUUGUACAUGCCACCCGUAUACGCCGUCAUCUCUUUCUUCUCAUACCGCUACUUCCGAUCAUACACAUAUUACUCCCUCAUCGAAUCCAUGUACGAGGCCGUCACGCUCAGUGCAUUCCUACUCCUGCUCAUCGAAUACGUCGCCUCGACGGCGUCGCGACAUGUGGCUGAAGAGGCGCUGGUGAGGAAGGAUAAGCAGUCGUUGCCGAUCCCAUUUUGCUGUUGGAGGUACAGACCCACGAAGGCGUAUUUUAUGUAUACCGUCAAGUGGUCUGUGCUGCAAUAUGUCCUUAUCCGUCCAUUGGUCUCGAUUGCGGGCAUCGUCUGCCAGGCGUAUAACGUCCUUUGCUCCUCCGAGUCAUACAACUUCCGGUUCGCGAGCGUCUACCUCUCCAUCAUCGACUUCAUCAGCAUCACAAUCGCGCUGUACGGUCUCAUUCUCUUCUAUGGAUUGACGAGGGAAGAGCUCAAGGGGAGAAGACCGCUCGCGAAGUUCUUGUCGAUCAAGUUGAUUGUUAUGUUCACCUUCUAUCAGGAGUUCGUCUUCAGCGCGUUGGAGGGGAAUGUGAUCAAGGAUACACAGUACUGGACCGCGACCAAUAUUGCGGACGGCUUGACUGCCCUCGCUACUUGUAUUGAGAUGAUCUUCUUCUCGAUCUUGAUGAUGUGGGCGUAUACAUGGAAAGAGUAUGUCGCUCAGGAUGGACACAACACCAGUAUCUGGAGGCCGAUUUUGGACAGCAUUAACUAUGCCGACUUCGGAGUCGAAAUCUGGUCAUCGCUCUCAUUCUUCAUCAACGCCGUGCUCGGACGGCACCAAGCCUCACGCGAAGCCCGCGGACGCGCUAUACGCCCUAACUUUGAAGAGGCGUUCGGGGUCGAAGGGGGAUACAGGAGCGCACCGAGGAAGAUAUAGCCUUCCGGAGCAGGGGAGGAGGCGGUGAGGGGCAUGGGGUGGAUGGGGUGGAUGGGGGCGGUGAGGGGAGUGGGGGAGAGAGGGGAGAGCAGGGUGGGUUAGAAGAGAGGGAGGCGUUGAUUAAAGGGAGGUAGAGCGGCAUUCUGGGUCCCUUUCGCCCUGCCGACGCGUAUGUAUAUACAUGCUCCAACUUUGCCGGGAGAACACGCGUUGGCGUUGGGGCAUUGGUCAAUUAGAGUCGAAGCUGGCUGGAUACAUUCGAGAGUUCUUUCGUUGAUCGUGUGGCGUUGUACUUAUCUCACCAAAGGACUUUUUUCUUCACCUGUUUACUACAUACUAUCCUCUCCCCUCAAACACACCACUAUCACCACCCACCCAAAGCUGCCACUCGUCUCCGAGUCACCUCGUCCCGCCAUUAUGUACCCUCCUCAGGCCUCAGUCUCCAUCCCGUCCUCUCCUUCACUCUAGUGUCUUCACGUCUUCUUCUGCCUCUUUCUCUGUCCAGACCUAUCUUCUGUGUUUAUCCCGUAUGCGCCUUCAAUGCCAGAGUUCAGGUUCUCGCAUUCCGUGUUCCGUGUUCCGUGUUAUGUCUCUUGAACGGUCCCUUUGCGUCUGGUUGUCUUCUUACUAUCUACUUGCUUUGCCCUUGUCCUUUGAUCACUUGUGCGAUUUUUUCCCUCCUUGGAAUUACAGAAUGAAAUGGUUUCAUGUUUCC